UGAGCGUGUAUGACGACGAAACGUCAAACGUUCGAAAUCGUGUUUUACAAUCGCGUUAUUUAUAUUUUUUUAUCGAAUCGCUUCAUUAUUCGUGUUCAACCGGCCGUUGUAAAUUAGUUUCACAUUUGGUAUUUGGAAAAUAUGUCGUUAGCUGAUGAAUUGUUAGCUGAUCUAGAGGAUGACGAUGAUGAAACAGUGGAUCCCGAUGGAACUGUUAAACAAGAGAUUGACCUCGAGGCGCAAGAAGAUUAUCCACAAUCUGAUAGCGACGAGUCAGCCGUUAUCAAUGAACUAAAGGAGGAACCGAUGGACGUGGAUUUUAAAGUCACAUCUAUACGAGAAAUCUGCCGACUUCGUGACUCAGAACGACUUUCAACGGUGUUAUGCCAAAUAGCAACGUUCGUAAAAAAUCCCCGUAAGGCUUCCGAAAUGAUUGGAAAUCUUGAAUCUGAUCCUGAAUAUCAACUGAUUGUUGAAGCUAACAAUAUUGCCGUUGACAUUGAUAAUGAAAUAUCGACAAUUCACAAAUUUGUUAAGGAUAAAUACCAAAAACGAUUUCCUGAGCUAGAUUCAUUGAUUAUGGUUGAAAUGGACUAUAUUCGAAGUGUUAAGGAGCUUGGUAACGAUUUGGAUCAGGCCAAGAAUAAUGAAAGACUACAAGAAAUUCUAACUCAAGCAACUAUAAUGAUUGUCUCUGUUACCGCUUCUACAACUCAAGGAACUCGUUUAGAAUUGACUGAAUUACAACAAAUAUACGAAGCAUGUGACAUGGCUAUUGAAUUGAGCGAAUUCAAAUGUCAAAUCUAUGAAUAUGUAGAAAGUAGAAUGACAUUCAUUGCUCCCAACUUAUCUAUAAUUGUGGGUGCUUCCACCGCUGCAAAGUUAGUUGGACUUGCCGGGGGUUUGACAAAACUCUCGAAAAUGCCUGCAUGUAACGUACUGGUACUAGGAUCUCAGAAGAAAACAUUAUCUGGAUUCUCAAAAGUGACUAUGUUACCACAUACCGGAUAUGUAUUCUAUUCUGACAUUGUACAGGACACUCCACCAGACAUGCGAAGGAAGGCAGCUCGUCUGGUUGCUUCUAAAUGCACAUUAGCUGCUCGGGUGGAUGCCAGUCACGAAAGCCACAUGGGACAAAUUGGACAGCGUCUUCGUGAAGACAUUGAGAAAAAAUUAGAUAAGCUGCAGGAACCACCACCUGUUAAAUUUGUCAAACCAUUGCCUAAACCAAUAGAGGGUGGCAAGAAGAAACGAGGUGGCAAAAGAGUUCGAAAGAUGAAGGAACGCUAUGCCAUUACUGAGUUCCGCAAGCAGGCGAAUCGAAUGAAUUUUGGCGAUAUUGAUGAGGAUGCUUACCAGGACGAUCUUGGCUACACACGCGGGACCAUCGGUAAAACCGGAACAGGAAGAAUCCGAUUACCACAGAUAGAUGAAAAAACCAAAGUUCGCAUUAGUAAAACCUUACAGAAAAACCUUCAGAAACAGCAGCAAGUAUGGGGCGGUAGCACUACGGUCAAAAAGCAAAUAUCGGGAACAGCAUCAAGUGUAGCAUUCACUCCGUUACAAGGACUAGAAAUUGUAAACCCACAGGCCGCAGAAAAAUCCGUCAGUGAAAGUUCCGCAAAAUAUUUUUCAAAUACUUCUGGGUUUCUCUCAGUUGGAAAGAAAACUACUUAGGUCAACUUUCGGAUGUUUGAUACAGAAUG